GGCUUUUUUUCCCCCCGUUCUUUUUCUGUAAAUUCUGUUCUUGAAAUGGCAGCGACAAGGCGUUUACAAAAGGAACUACAGGAUAUUCGAAAGUCAGCAAUGAAGUCAUUCAGAAAUAUACAUGUAGAUGAAAGCAAUAUCCUAGUGUGGCAGGGUCUAAUUUUGCCUGAUAAUGCACCAUAUAACAAAGGAGCUUUCCGUAUAGAAAUCAACUUUCCUGCAGAAUACCCAUUCAAGCCUCCAAAAAUCACAUUUCGUACAAAGAUUUAUCACCCAAACAUUGAUGAAAAAGGCCAAGUAUGCCUACCCAUCAUCAGUGCAGAAAAUUGGAAACCAGCAACGAAAACAGAUCAAGUGAUUCAGGCAUUAGUGGCUCUAGUCAAUGAUCCAGAACCAGAACAUCCUCUUAGGGCUGAUUUAGCUGAAGAAUAUGCCAAGGACAGAAAAAAGUUCUUUAAGAACGCUGAAGAGUUUACAAAGAAGUUCUCUGAAAAACGGCCAUCUGAUUAACUAAUAUCUUUUACUUUUUAAGUACCACAAACAAACACUAUUAAAACAGAAAAUAAAAGAAGAAACAUACAAAACUCUGUAUAGUAUUCUAAUGCAUACUGAAAAAAAUAUCAUCAACACUCCAGCACCAAAGGUAUAAAAACUCCAGAUGACAUAGCUGGUAAAAGGAAACUUUUUCCUUUUGAUGAUAUAACCUGAAUCAAAUGUUGUUUAGUAGUGAUUAUUUAAAUUAAGUGUAUCAGUGAUUUAUGUACAUUGAAUUAAAGUUUUAGGUUUCUCAGUAAUACAAAUGUAAGUUUGCCUAGUAUGAGGAAUCUUUACAAUGAGGUUUUAAACUCAUAAUAAGUUUCCUCUUAUAUACUUGAGUUGUCUGAGCUUUUCUUUAACCUAGUUUCAUAACAGAGGAUAUCUCCAAGAUUUGUAUACAAGUGAAAACAAAUACUGUUGUCCAGUAAAAAAUAUAUAGUUAUCUAUGCCUUGUUGUAAUUGUUUGGAAUAUGUGUGUAUAGAUUUCAUUGAUUACAGUAAAAGUUCUUUAAUAAAAUUCAGUUAUUCAGCUCAGUGGACUUUAAGACCAAAAUCACAUUUUUAAAGGUAUGAAUAACUUAAAGUAUGUGAUUUUGCAACAGACUUUAAAAAUAAUUCUUAAUUCUCUGAAAUAAUUAUGCAAAAUCACUUAAUGUGUCUUAUGUAGAAUUACACCUAUAACUGUUUUACCUGAUUUAGAAUCAUGCACUUAGUGUACUAUUUCCCCGCAAUAAAUGUACAAGUUAAAAAUACUAAAAAUUUGUAUUGACAUCAAAUUAUAUUAACAGACAAGAAGAAUCCUAACAAGACAGUUAUUAGUUAUACUUGGCCUUU